UUAGAAUAUAUUACUUGCAGCGAAAAAGUGAAUUUGCAAAUAAGUCGACCAAUUUUUCUAAAUUAUGCUAAACAAAACACAAAGUUAUUAUAGAUAUAGAUAUACAUGAAUAAAAAAUUAAACAAGGUAGAGGCCUAUUUCGCCCUUAUAUAUACACUUGUCCCCUUCCCAUCCCAAUAGCCCCAAGACCCACCAAUUAUUUCCCUCCACAUGAAAACCAAAUAGCUUCUAGAUCACGUCCUUUCUUCCAUUUCUAGCUCUAUUGCAUCACCUUCGCUUCUUCUUAAUUAUCUCUCCCCCUUGGCCCCUUCCUUCCCCUCCAAUCCCACUGAAAAUGAGAAACAGAAACAACAAUCCAGGUGUUUGCUAUAGCUAGUAGUCAACAACUACAACCACUAUCCUUCCAAAGUUCACCUUUUUCCCCCUUUCCAACUUUCCUCUCUUAGGUGCUUCCCUAAAAACCAUUUCAACUAACAUUUCCACCACUACCUUUCUCAGCAAAAGAAGAAACAAUGCAUAACCUUUCCUUUCACAUUAAAGGCAACCACCCUACCUAGCAUCAUCAAACACUCCUCUACAUUAAUUUCCCUUUUCCUACAUUUUCUCAAACCAUAUAAAACAUAUUUCCAUAUGGAAGGUUUUCACCCAUCUAUGACUAUGGCCUCUCCUUUUCCUUACACAUUCCCCAUCAGUGCUGGUGGUAUUGGUGUUGGUGUUGUUGGUGUUGGUAGUAGCAAUCUAACCACCCCCACCCCCACUGCCACUGGAACUUACAACAACACUCCAUGGAUGAACAGCAGGAUAUGGAGCAAGCUCCCUCAGAAGCUUCUGGACCGAGUCAUUGCCUUCCUCCCUACACCGGCUUUCUUCCGAGCACGCUCCGUCUGCAAGAGAUGGUACUCUCUUCUCUUCUCUAACACCUUCCUUGAAUUGUACCUCCACCUCUCCCCUCGCCGCCACUGGUUCAUCUUCUUCAAGCACAAAACCCGCAAAAACUACAUCUACAAAAACAACAACAACAACAUUAUUACCGGUUCUGCUGGCACUGCCUCCUGUGAAGGAUACCUGUUUGACCCCGCUGAGAUGGCGUGGUACCGCAUCUCCUUUGCUAUGAUCCCACCAGGAUUCUCUCCAGCCUCAUCCUCUGCAGGCCUUCUCUGUUGGGCCUCAGAUGAGGCUGGCCCAAAAACCAUGCUUCUCUCCAACCCUAUCCUGGGCUCCUUAACCCAGCUCCCUCCAACUCUAAGGCCAAGGCUCUUCCCUUCCAUUGGCCUAACCAUCACCCCAACCUGCAUAGACGUGACUGUAGCAGGUGAUGACAUGAUAUCCCCUUAUGCCGUCAAGAACCUCACAUCGGAAAGCUUCCACAUCGACGGUGGAGGCUUUUACUCGAUGUGGGGCACGACCUCCCCGCUUCCAAGGCUCUGCAGCCUUGAAAGCGGUAGGAUGGUGUGUGCUGAGGGGAAAUUCUACUGCAUGAACUGCAGCCCUUUUAGUGUUUUAGCCUAUGACAUUGCAUCCACCACUUGGUUCAAGAUUCAAGCUCCUAUGAGGAGGUUUUUAAGGUCUCCUAACCUGGUUGAGUGUAGGGAGAAGCUGAUGCUGGUUGCGGCGGUUGAGAAGAGCAAGCUGAAUGUUCCAAGGAGUUUGAGGGUGUGGACGUUGCAGGCUUGUGGGACCAUGUGGGUGGAAUCUGAGAGGAUGCCGCAGCAGCUUUACAUUCAGUUUGCUGAGAUUGAAGGUGGAAAUGGGUUUGAAUGUGUAGGGCAUGGUGAGUUUGUGGUGAUCAUGAUCAAAGGGACAGAUAAGGCGUUGCUGUAUGAUUUGGUGAGGAAGAGGUGGCAGUGGAUUCCGCCGUGUCCUUAUGCUGGUUAUGAUGGGUUUGAGUUGCAUGGUUUUGCUUAUGAGCCUAGAUUGGCUACUCCUGUUACUGCACUUCUUGAUCAGUUGGCACUUCCUUUUCAGAGUUACAAUGCUUAGGUUAAUUAUUAUAUCUAUGUAUGAAUGAAUGUAUGUGGAUUGUGUUGUGAUGAUGUUGUGGUGAUUUGUGAAUGAAUGUUCCACCCUAGCUAGCUAGCUAUGUGACUCAGUUCCUAUGUGACUCAGUUUAAUUUGUUGUUAGUAUGAAUGAGUACACUAGUCAUUAUUUAAUCA